UCGAAAACGGUUAAUAUUACUUUUACUUUAAUUCACUUCAAGCUGAAACAGUGCUGUGGUUCUGUCAAUUGAUAGUAUUUUCAAUAAUUCAAAGUUAUCUCUACUUUCACUGAACCGACACUUCGUAUAAACUUUGAAGAUGCGACUCUUUUUAAUUGUUACUCUUUUUGUUUAUUCCGUUAAUGCUGACAAGUACAAUCUUUUGCCUAGCAAUGUGGAACCAUUAUCAGAUGAAAUCAUAAACAUAGUCAACGCUGCAGACGCAACAUGGAAGGCAGGGAAAAACUUCAAUGGAUCAAGUUCAGUCCGAAUGAAUGAUUUGGUUUCCACUCUAAACGAUUUAAAUUACACUCUUGAUGCUCAAACUAACGUUUACCCAAUGACAAAAUUUGCUGUUAACUUCGAUGCUCGUGAAGCUUGGCCUAACUGUACUUCAAUUGGUAAGAUCUAUGACCAAACAAAAGGUUAUCCUUCAUGGAUCUACACGGCUGUUGGUACAAUUGCUGAUCGCCUUUGCAUCAAAUAUGGUGUUCAGAUUGAUGUCGAAGCUACCGUAGAGAAAAUGGCUAGAUGGAAUGUUGGUUCGAACAGCUUUAAUAACAGUGCAAACAUUGGUCAAGCUUUAAAAUAUUGGGCUGAAAAUGGAAUCUUCACAGUUGAAUCAGUUGAGGAAUCAAACUGCUUACCCUUUUCACAAGAAUGUCAACCAAACGAAAUCAAACUAAGCAGAUAUUUCAAAGUAACCAAUGAGGGCUUUGAUUUUGAAAGUAAAAUGAUGAGCUACCUAAUGCUGAAUGGGCCGAUAUCGGCUUACAUGGAAGUUUAUACAGAUUUACCCAGCUACAAAUCAGGUGUAUACAGACGUCUCUCAAACAACCGUUUGGGAGUUCAAAAUGUUAAAGUAAUCGGUUGGGGAACUGAAAACGGUGUCGAUUACUUUUUGGCAACUAAUUCAUGGGGAACUGAAUGGGGUGAAGAAGGUUCCUUCAAAUACCAACGAGGAAAAAAACAAUUAGGUCGCGCACCCGCUCCGAUUUCCCCUUCAUUGGAGCCCGUAAACAACGAACAAGACAUUCCCAAAUCAUAUGUUCACGGUCAACUGUUCUACUUGGCUAAAUGAUCUUCUGGUCUUCCAACUACAGCAUUUAUGAACAACUUGGAGUGGUUCUUGAAGAUCUUAUUCAAGAUUGAUGUAUUUAUGCAGUAGUAAUUGAU